CACCGGAACACCGGUUCAAUUUAGUGUUGUUAUCAAGAGUUGUCUUUUUGACUGGGAUUUAAUCGCGUUUAAAGGUCUCUUUCGAGUUUAUUUGUCUAAACCAGUCCCGUCUUGAAACGCGUUUAAUGUUAUUGAGUGGGAGUGGCGAGCUAAGCUAGUACAGUUAGCUAAUGUUCAAUGUGUAGAGACUAAAGCAUCUCCAGUAAGUCUCUGUGGAUAAAGAUCUUCGUCCUCUGACACCCUGGCUCUUCCUCGUGUCAAUGGCUGUUACCUCCCCAAACUAGAGACUGAAUUCCUCCAUACAGUCCUGGAGGAGCUGGAUGUGUUUCAACAGAGAAAUGAGCACAAAAGCGUUCUACUCUUCCCUCCUGUCCCGAGCCGACUUCGCUUCCUGAUUCACCAAACUAGUGCAAAUCAUCCCAGCCUCAGCACCUUCUCUGUGGGCGAGGGCUGCGCUCGCAGAGUCGUAGUGUGCUAUUCAGACCUCAGGUUGCCAGAAGAAGACCAGAUAGAUGCGAAGGGCAGAUCCAAUGAGCGAGCGCGCAGUUGGGACAGAGACAUGGAGACCAACAGCAACACACGCUCACUGGAGACCAGCUUCAACAACAGACGGAGAGCCAGACGGCCAGACAAGGCUAUUUACGUUCCGCGUGUUAUGAGACAUAAGAUAGAUCUGGAACAACCGAAUCUCAAGGAAUCAUCUGUGGAAUCCUCCUCUGCCGUUGCUAAGGAACCUUUUGCAGCCAAUCAGAAGCCAGAGGUGGACAGCACUGGCCAGUCACUGGGCGAUGAGGAGUUUGUGCAGCUUUCGAGGUCGGGCCCGUCACCGUGGCCUCCAGCCUGGGACCAGACUGUGACUUUCUUCACAUCUCUGACAUUAGAUGACGAAACAGAUGAAAAUUGUGCCAACAACAAGGCCCUUCCCACUGAUGCCACACUCCAGCAGCAGGACGUUGAUGAAAGUUUGCUGUCGGAGGUCAAAGCCAAGCUAAAACAUGGGGACAUCACCAUACUCAACACCUGCAUUGAUUUCCCCGCCUAUGCAAACAUCUGGCUGGACCCACAGGAGUUCGGCCACGUCAUUGAGAUCUACGACUUUCCUGCCAUGUUUAAAACAGACGACCUGCUUGAUGCCUUUGCUGACUAUAGUGAAGGGGGGAUGAAGAUCAAGUGGGUGGAUAACACUCAUGCUCUCGGAGUGUUUUCAAGGCAGUCGGCAGCUACGCAGGCACUGUCCCUCAAACAUCCCAUACUGAAGACCCGCGCGCUGCUAGAGGGGAGCCAGAAAGCAAAGUGGAAAGCAACCAGACGUGCAGAGUUCAUUCAGCCGGUGAAGGAAAGGCCGCGGACGGACACAGCGGUGGCUCGCAGGAUGGUGACCAGAGCGCUGGGCUUGAGGGGGAGACGCUUUGAAAUGAGAAACAACUUCAACUGAAUAAAUAAAGUUCCUCGUCCCAGUCAGACUGUCCUUCAGUUAAAACUGUACUGGGAAAAGAACAAAUGUCCUUGACAUUACUGCACCACUCAGACUGGGAAAGGAGAUGCUGUAAAGUGUUAUUUAGCUGCACAGGAUGUUCGAAAUGCUCAAACACAUGAAAUAUAUGUGGUCUCCCAAGUUUUAAUUGGUUGAGUUCUGUACUAUUUUAGGAAACAAGCCUGUAGUAUGUUAAGUGAGCAUUUGAUGUGAGUUUUGGUAAGCAUUCAGAGGACUUUGGUUUUUUCUUCUUUAGCAGGAAACAGCCUUGUUUGUUUUUUUUCCUUGCUCUGUUUCUUCAUGCUAACAAGCUCAGCAUCUGGUCCAGCCAUUGUAAAUAGAUCAUUUUUAUUAACUUAAAUCUUAUUUAAUACAAAUAAGCUCUUUUGCUCAUUGGAUUUCCUGUCAUAUCAAUCAUAUUGAAUCUAAUGAUUAAAUUAAGAAGACUGUGUUUAGCUGUGUUGUUUGUCAAUGUUGUUUUCAUGUUCAGCUUGUGUAAUUUGAGAUGGGAAUGGAGUCUAAAUUACAUUUUUGAAACAUUAAAUGUUUUGUUUAAAAUGCAAUAGUAUUAUUAGAUGUACAACUAAAUGUAGAUAAUUCUGUUUGCUACCGUUAUUAUUUAUUUGACUUGUAUGGCGGAGUUGAUUUGUUAAAAAACUGACUUAUUUCUGCACUACGAUGCUUUAAAAUUGUUUGAUACCUCAA